AUGUCGAGUUCCGACUCAGAUGAGUCUGAGGCUGAAGGAGCUCAGGCUCGACUUCCCAGCUUCUUCCGGAAGCACCAACCAGUGCGCCGGCGGGAGCCUACAAUCAACCUUGUCAGCAGUGAAUCAGAGGACGAGAGUAGAGAGACGUCAGCCAAUCGCAGGCCUACCUCCGACAAGCACAACCUGUUCCGCACGCAGUACAAAGCCCUAACAAACAGGCUCGGCUCGGCAUGUUUGGUGGAAGCCAAUGACGAGGAGGAAGCUCACGAGAAAUGGCGGACAGAAGCUGCCGCAACCAAGGAACGGAGCAUGAAGCUCGCUCAGCAGGAGGAGGAGCAGCGCGAGCAGAAGGCUGCCCACAGACCAACGGCAUCGAGCGAAGAAGGCAGCUUGAAGAAGACUCAACCCGGGCUAGCUAGUGCCAAGGAACGCAUCAGGGUUAGAGCUAGCCCGAAGCGGGGUGAGCUGACGAACCUUGCGGAGAUAUCGCGGCCACAUGGCUCGGUAUGGAAGAAGAAGCGGAAUGGGAAGAAGGCCGGAGCUGCUGGAAACAUUCAAAUGCCUGAGCGUUUUGUUGGCGACUUCUUCAGCAGUAUCUUGGCUGGUCGUGCGGAAAGGAACGCGUGCCGCAGCUCACAUCCCGACAACGCGGACGAGCUAUGCGAACGUACCUUCUUCCGGAUCAUACAUGCUGUUGUCAUGUACGACAUCCCGCCAUCGCUCAUCAUUGGCAUGGACCAGACGGGAGUCAUGCAAGUGUGGAGCGGGCAGACUGUAAAGUCGCUCCCUGACGUGGAUGCGGACGGAAUGGAUAAAGCGCAGAAUGCGCGGAUUCGAUUUCUCUUCGGCUGCAAGUGCCAAGAAAACAAGUCACUUCAGCACUUUGAAGACGAUGAAGGAGGCCGCUCUGAGUUCCUCGUCAACAGCCAUUCGCAGCAGAUAGAUCAGGGACUCACACCUGAACAGGCGGAAGGACCGUCAUCCGCCGGGCUUGGGAGAAAAUGCGCUGUCAAGGAGUGGAAUCUGUCAGCCGAAUGCAUCACCAGCCGACGAGCGAAGGCGGCAUGGCGCGAAUACUUACGAAAGGACGAGACACUCCGGAACGAGAUUGAGGGGAAGAUUGGUGAGCUAGGGGAUUUGAUUGCUGAGGAACCAGACGAAGAAGGCGAGACCAGCACCGAGGAGGCGUAUGACGACACGGAUGUUUCCUUGCGAGCCGUUGUUCAGCAAGCACUUGGGGUUGAUGUACCCGAGGCAGAUCAGCAGGGCGAGCCGUUCUGCACUGGCGCGUUUGCAGCGGAAGUUCGAGCUGUAGACCAGACUUUGCAGAGCAGUGGUGAUCAGGAGGAUGUUGGGCUUUUGACGACGCAGGAGAGCUUUGGGGAGAAGCAGGCGCGGUCGCCGCUGUGCAGGAUCGAUCGUGACACCCCUAAUGUAACUAGCUCUUAG